AUGGCGCAUGGCAUGUUUAGCCUUCUGCCUUCCUGGCCCUCUGCGAUCGGAGGGAACAAGGUCAUGGCAGAAGACGUGAAGAUGUUAAGCUCGUCCUGCGCGCCCGGGGCCAACAUCGCGCUGCCCCCGAUGCUCAAGCGCAAACGUUCGGAUUCAACCGUGACUGACGGCCCCAUUGCGACCAAAUUUCGUACUGAAGAUCCGGUCGCGGUCUCCUCACAGCCGACUCCAUCGCCGACCGUCGCAUUCACAUCCGACCACGUUGCAUCGCCCGUCGCAUCUGCCCCGUCAGUCGCGACUACGCGUCCACCGGCGCAGGCCGCCUCGGGUGCUCCGGAUGUGAAUCGCCUUCGCGAUACCAUCAGCGCUCAGAUCAGCUUGGAGGUACUGUUGAAGCACAACGAGUUGCGCCUGAUCGAUCAGGAGAUCGCCAAAUGUCAGGUCGCGUUGGAGCAACUGCGCCGUUGCGCGGAGAUCCCCUACCCUGGCUCUGCCGUCGCCGGUGCAUCCGCCGACGUCAGCUCGGGCUCGGGCGCAGCGCUGUUGAAGCCUGGAAAUGGCCCAGCAGCGCUAUCGCCUGCACCGUGGGGUGUCACGGAGGGCCCGUACUCGCGUCAUUACGCGAGGUGGCUGCUCCCAGAUCCUCGUUUCGAUGGCGGUGAAGGCAGGUCUGGACUGUCUGCAACUGCUGGUGCCGGUCUUCCGCUGGUCGAGGGCCGUUCAACUCGUGGGAACCCUGUCGAUUAUCCGAUGCUCGCGGGCAAGUCGCGUCCUUCGCGAAACUCUACUGGUGAAAAGCUGAACGCGGGUCUGCCAAGCGGGUAUCCUAUCGUCAAGGAGAAGGCUGGGCCUAUGAUCGUGCGACGCAAGUCGGAUCAAGUCAUGGUCAAGCUCGUCUGUCUGGAUUGCCGGAGGGAUAAUUUCUCCAGCACCCAGGGCUUCAUCAACCAUUGCCGUAUUGCGCACGGCCGGAACUUUGCGAGUCACGACGCUGCUGCGAUGGCAUCCGGUGAGCCUGUCGAGGUCGACGAAGCCGGUACUGUCGUGGGUGGCCGCAGCGAGUCGACCAGCAGUGUCGCAACCCCGGGUUACGUUCAUCCAUUGGUCCGCUCGUCUGCUCAACUCCCAACAUCCUCAAACGCACUUCCGACUCCAGCAAAGGACGCCCUCACUCCACGGAAACAAUUUGAUACUAAAUCCGCCGUUGCCACCCCUCCUGCUACGGUCUUGCACAACCAGUCGUUCCGUCGUCAAUCAGUGCCUGUCAAGCCUAUGAACCCCUCCUUCAUGGCAUCUCCUGCCACACCCCCACCUAUCUGCUCUCAUGCGAGACCGAGGUCUUGGUUUGAACUUGAGCAAGCUGGUGGAGGAGUCGAAGACGCCCGUGGACCUUAG